ACCGGAAGAAAAAAACACUCACUCUCCAUUUAUAUUUUUUCGAGUGCCAAGAAUUAUGAUUUCUAAAAACAUGACAUUGACUUUGAUUGGCCUGUAGCAUUGCUUGUUGGAAGCACUGUAUCUUGUCCAAUUGUGGCAAUAGAUUCAGAUUUGGACACGUCUCUUUUGGGAAUCAAAUAGGAAAAAAGAAUUGCCGUGGUCUUCUUGCUUACAAUAGACAUAAUGCUUGCUUUGAAUCGGUAAAUUUACCAAAUGAAAAAUGACUUGAGAGAGUACAAGGGCACGAAAGAUAGGAUCAGCGAUACCAUCAAGAUGUAAUUCAUUUCACCUAUACUCCUAACACACAAAGAGAUGUCACCUUUUCAUUAGAUUAAAUUGAUAGCCCGCUUUAUCCAAAUUAAAGAAAACAGUAGGGAAUGAGCAAAGCCAAUGAUGAAAAUGGGAACAAGAAGACAAGAAAAAUAAGCUGCAUGCCUUGCCGUAUAAAAAAGACUAAAUGCGACGCACAAUUGCCUUAUUGCACUCGAUGUAUUCGAAACUCUAGGGAAAACAAAUGUGUCUAUCCAAAACCAAGAACAUUUGGGCGGCCACCGAAAAAUUCUGUGUUCCAAAGAAACCAAGAUAAUCUAACGGCCACUGCGAUGACCUGUAGGGAAUUUAUAUUUGAGCAGAUACCUCAUAAUUCAAAAACGUUGGCAGCGAAAGAUCCACUGAUCAUAGACAUUGAAAAGAUAUAUAGAAUAUUUAUCGAAAAGGGUGACUUUCUCAGAAACAAGAUAUGUCACCAUAAUCCACGAUUAAAGCUAAAGAUAAAGAACCUAAGGCAACACAAUUCCCUCAUCGUCUCCAACGUGAUACAUCUAACCAUCAAACGAUCAUGCCAGUUACUCGAGUUCAAAAGCUACUUUGAUCCUGAACUUGCAAUAUCUGCAUUCACAAAAGAACAGGAUGCCGAUCAAUUUUUCUUUACCAAUCAUGUACAUAACAACGCCACACCACUAAACUCUAUACCGACCGAUCAAGCCAUGAAGCUGAUCCACUUUUUUUUUCAGUCCAAUCCUCAUUGUAUCUUAAUCAACAAAACUCGCUUGUUAGAAAGAUAUUGGAAAGAUUCGGCUGAGCCAUUGUUACUGUCUGUUAUCUAUGGUACUACCAUCAGUGUAGGACAACACAUCCUAGAAGGAAAACCAUUCACACUUCAUCAAUGCACAGCGAAAAGAAACCCGUUCUUGGACUAUGCGUACAUACUGUAUGAACAAGUCUAUGCCAACAGACAAAUCUCCCUGGGUAACUACCAAGCUAUUGUUUUAUUAAGUCUUUAUGAAAUCAGUCUGGGGUAUUCCAAACAUGGAAUGACCAUGCUUUCGUUUUCGUACAUGAUAGCUGCUGAACUGGGCGUGUUUGAUGAUCAAGGCAUGCGCGCAUCUAUGGACCUGAUCGACCGAGAGCAGUUGGUGACUACCUACUGGACUGCCUUCAGUGCCACAUCUCAUGGAUGUUUAGAAUUGGGAUUUCAUGUCAGAGAGCGGCUCCUGUUCCACAAGCAGCCAUUCCCUCCGGCAACAGCAAAUACCUCAGCAUCUUAUCAGUAUGAUCUAAUCAAUAACAAUCAUGGACCAACAAUAAGAGCUUAUUUUAUAGAAUCUUUUCAUGUGGGCAUGGUUAUCAACUACUUUAGCUCAAAGAUAGCCAUAUGCCUACCCACCACUAAAGACAAUGUCUUUGGCCUUUCCGUAACAAAGUCUGACAGAAACCUGGCGUUAUCCCUAUUUCAUCAUGACGAUGAGGGGACGAUAAAGUACAAAAUUCAACUGGUUUUGAAUGACUUUUCCAUUUUUAUCGAACAGGAAAAGCAUCAAUGGACACCCAGGCAGCUCUUUAUGAUUGAGACAACGCAUCAACUCUAUCGUAUUCAUUUCAGCUUUAUCAAGUCCAAGAACACGGGGCUACAGCUGAAGACUGUGAAAGAACUAGAUCUGAAUGAUCAAAACAUAGUGCGUCUUUUACAAUACGCCCUACCUAUAUCCUAUACCCUGACCCACAGCCUAGAUCAGUUUAUUCAACAAAGCUGCCAAGUAGAGAGUGAAGAAAUGUUGGAUAUGCUGCCUAUAGGCUUAAUGGCAAUUACUUUAGAAACAGUUGCACAGGUCUUCAUCUAUAACUAUCUUUUAUCCAAUGAACAAGAAAAGGUUCUGGAUCAUUUGAAUCGUGCUUAUUGCAUCUCAAAAAAGAGUAUCUGGAGACAUUGGACACCCAUGCGAUCUAUUCAAAAGAUGCUAAAGGACUUUUUAAAGAACAAGCCAAGCGAUAUCUUCCAAAAACACUUUACUGUGCAUGAGCCUACAGAUGACAUCACUUGUUUUUUAUUUAUGGAUGAUGAAAGAACGAGUUCACCAGAGAUGGAAGCAACGUUCUUGAAUGAUAUCAAUUCUUAUUUUCAAAACAUGCUUGCAUCAGAAAACGCCAGCUUGUAUUUUUAAAGAAAAUCAUCCAGAAAACGAGGAAAUUGUCAAAUUUUAUUUUCUAUCAAUGUGCAAAGCUAACUUUUGAAUAAAGCGUGUAUUUCAUACCUUUGCUCAAUUAUUUGAAUA